AUGGAGUGCGCAGCACUUUGUAUGCUAGCUGCCACUGUCGGCUUUGUACCUUCACCAGAUACACAUAGAUGUUCAUACUGUGUAGAAGCUCGUUCCACAUACGCGGAUUGUUUCGAUGACGUCAUCGAAUGCGCGUACAGAGAUCCAAGCUCGUUGAUUUUUUGCCUAAAUGUUUAUGAACAUGCGGCAGCCUCAAUGGUUCAUUACUCGGCACGUUGUUUAUCAUACGAGAAGUUCUACGUUCCUGAUGACGCCAUAAAGAAGAUCGGUGCAAGUGGUAUGUGCAAAUUCUCGGAUGUUCAACCUUGCGAAUGUGAUGUGUGCAGGAGUCAAACGACAACAACAGCAUUUACUGUUGAAAACACUACGAAUCAUAUGAAGAAACACAAACAUCAUCAUCACCAUCAUCAUCGGGGAAAUUUGACACAAAGUCAUCCAGCGGCUCCACGGAUCUACAGCAAUGUGUCACAACCUCAACUGUCCGCAUACAAAGAGGAUGGAUUAACAUUUGCUGCCCAUUCGCAAUCGUCAACAAAGAACUCAUAUUUGCAAGAAGCAAGCAAAUAUGAGCUCCUAAUGAAAAAACUGGAUAGCGGAGUACCGUUGCCUAAGGCAGAAGAUAUGUUGAUUACGUCUUUCUUGAUGUUUUCCGUGACUCGUAAAGGAGGUUUCAGUCGAUCACCAAUUAUGAUCUACUCUUCUGGUUUCCUUCUCGAAACUAUAACCGAAUACUGA